AUGGCAAACCAAAACGAAACCUUUUAUCUCCGCUACUACUCGGGUCACUCUGGGCGGUUUGGACAUGAGUUUCUAGAAUUCGAUUUCCGUACGCUUGGCGAUGGUCGCAGUGCCGCAGUCCGAUAUGCGAACAAUUCGAACUACCGCAAUGACUCUCUCAUCCGCAAAGAGAUGUGUGUGAGCUCGGCGAUGAUCCAGGAAGUGAAGCGCAUCAUCAAGAACAGUGAGAUCAUGAAAGAGGAUGACUCGAAAUGGCCGCAGAAGAACAAGGAUGGACGACAGGAACUGGAAAUCCGACUGGGAAAUGAGCAUAUCUCCUUUGAGACUGCGAAAAUCGGCUCCCUGGUAGAUGUGACCGAGUCUGCCGAUCCGGAAGGUCUUCGUGUAUUCUACUACCUUGUGCAGGAUCUGAAGGCUCUCAUUUUUUCUCUGAUAUCCCUCCACUUUAAGGUAUGUAUAUCUCCGACCACGAUUGUUAGUGCUCUGGUUAACCCUGUUUAUCCGUUCAGAUCAAGCCAAUUUAAAUCAGAAGAUUAG